CAAUCCAAAGUUGUCGCGACCGGAGGUACCUCCAAGUGAUUCGGCAACUCCUUUUCUAGUACAGUCAAGAGUGAGAUCUUCUGGUGACCACCAGAUUUCGGUGCUACAUUCUUUUCCAAAUCUAAACCCCGGCUCCAGUCAGUCUUUGGGCAACCUUUCAAGGAUACACACGGGUUCCUCGCGGUAGGAAUUCGACUCCCUUCGGUGUUGGUGAUAGCAAUAAAGUGCCAGGUGGUAUUACAAAUCUGUUAGUCACUGUGACCUAGUCUUUUGUGUGUGGUGUCGUUUGAAAGCCGAAAUUGAAUAGUGCUACAGCAAGCAAGAUGUCCAACAAGGUGCUAUUAUCCGAAGAUUCUGUCUACCAGCAGAUCCAGCAAUACUACAAGCAGCAUGGUGCUUCAAUUAACAUCAAGAAGAUCUUCCAGGAGGAUGACAUUCGCUUCGACAAGUUCAGCCUAAAGCUGACCACACCCAAGGAUGGAGAAAUUUUGCUGGAUUACUCCAAGAACCGUAUCACCGACGAGGCCUGGAACAUGCUGAUGGAUUUGGCCGAAUCGCGUGAUGUGGUCAAAACCCGUAACGAUAUGUUCAAUGGGGAGCGCAUCAACAUCACCGAGAACCGGGCAGUGCUGCACAUUGCGUUGAGAAAUCGCUCGAAUAAACCCAUUAUGGUUGAUGGCAAAGAUGUUAUGCCUGAGGUCAACGCCGUUCUGGACCACAUGAAGGAGUUUACCGAGCAGGUCCUGAAUGGAGUUUGGCGCGGUUAUACCAACAAGAAAAUCAGCGACGUAGUCAACAUCGGUAUCGGUGGAUCAGACUUGGGUCCACUGAUGGUCUCUGAGGCUCUGAAGGCCUACAACACCGGCAUUCGUUCUCAUUUUGUAUCGAAUGUUGAUGGUACUCAUAUUGCUGAAACUUUGAAGAAGCUCGAUCCAGAAACGACUCUGUUCAUCAUUGCUUCCAAGACGUUCACCACUCAGGAAACCAUCACUAAUGCCACUGCCGCCAAGACAUGGUUCCUGGAGCGCUGCGGCGAACAAGAGCACGUGGCCAAGCAUUUCGUUGCACUGUCCACCAAUAAGGAAAAGGUGGCAGCGUUCGGAAUCAACACCAAAAACAUGUUCGAAUUCUGGGACUGGGUUGGUGGACGUUACUCGUUGUGGUCCGCCAUCGGUUUGUCCAUUUCGUUGGCCAUCGGAUUCGACAACUUCGAGAAGCUUCUGGAAGGUGCCCACUACAUGGACAACCACUUCUUGAGUGCUCCAUUGAAUGAAAAUGCUCCGGUCAUUUUGGCCCUGAUGGGCAUCUGGUACUCGAAUUUCUACGGUGCGGAGACACACGCCCUACUACCGUACGAUCAGUAUUUGCACCGCUUUGCUGCCUACUUCCAGCAGGGCGAUAUGGAGAGUAACGGAAAGGGCGUAACCAAGUCCGGCAAACGAGUCGAUUUCAACACCGGUCCGAUCGUGUGGGGAGAACCCGGCACCAACGGACAGCAUGCGUUCUACCAGCUGAUUCAUCAGGGCACCCGACUGAUUCCGUGUGACUUCAUCGCCCCGGUCUUCACCCACAACCCGGUGGAGAAUGGCGGUAUGCAUAAGAUUCUGCUGGCCAACUAUCUCGCCCAGACGGAAGCUCUGAUGAUGGGAAAAACCGAGGAACAAGCCCGUGCCGAACUGGAAGCCGCUGGCAUGUCCGGUGAAAAGCUAGAGCAGCUACUGCCGCACAAGGUCUUCACCGGAAACCGACCGACGAACUCGAUCCUGGUGAAAAAGAUCACACCAUUCGUGCUGGGAGCACUGAUUGCCAUGUACGAGCACAAGAUCUUCACCCAGGGUGUCAUCUGGGACGUGAACUCGUUCGACCAGUGGGGCGUCGAGCUGGGAAAACAGCUGGCCAAGGCCAUCGAAGUCGACCUGAACGAUUCGAACAAGACUACCUCGCACGAUUCGUCCACCAACGGAUUGAUCAACUUCAUCAAGGUUCACUGGGAACAGGAAGGAAACUAAGCAUGUUAUCGAGUGAAGGAGCUUCGCUUCUGUACUCAUAUCUCAAACGAAUAAAAAAGUACACAUAUUAUGGUUAAUGUUAUCAAAUAUAUAAAAACUUAAAUUAUUCUUGGACGUACGUUCGUUUUAAUAUAGUCGACUUAAAUUACAAAAAAGUAGCACAGCAUUGCAACACUAAUUGGCGCAUGAAAACUUAAAAA